UUCCCUUUCCAGUUUUAGCAAGGUCGUACAAACCGUACCCGUAUAUCUCGUAUCUUACCCUAGUUACUUUGCUAGGUGUCAACCAUGCUUGGACAAGCAGUUCGCCGAUUUGCAACCUCUGUUGUUCGCAGUAGCCACUAUGCUGAAGGACCAGGACAGAAUCUGCCAUUCUCAGUAGAGAACAAAUGGAAGCUACUGGCUGGUAUGAUGUUAUUCUUCGGCAGUGGUUUUGUCUUCCCCUUCGUCGUAGUCAGACAUCAGAUCCUGAAGAAGUGAAGUUCAUACCCGUCUCACAUGGUCAUUUUGCAUCCUAGCCCAGAGAGCUCUAGCUCUCUGUUUCUUCGGAUGUGGUUCCCUUAAUAUUCUUUGUAAAUAAAAUAACACAACAAAA